CCCAGUUUUCCGGAAGUAAAUAUGAGGAUGUUAAGUUUGUAGUUCUCCAGCAGCAGCGGACUGAGUUUCAGCGUGUUGUUUAAAUAUUAAACUGUAUAUUAUAAACUAAAGCUACACCUGUACCUUCAGUAGAUGCCCCCGAAUCAGCAGGAAUGUCGGACAGGAAGCGGCGCAGAGAGCACAGCGAGGAGAAACGCGACAAAAAGAAGCACAGAGACUCUAAACACGAGGAGAAGAAAUUCAAGAAGCAGACCGCUAAACUCAGCCAGGAGGUGCAGGCGCUAAAACACCUUGAGACUUUCUAUGAGAACCCUCCUCCUGGACUUAUAAAGGAAGAAGAAUACAGACCUGAAGACUGUAUACCUGAUGCUCCUGGUAAUGAGGAUGCCAGGGAUUUCUUGGCCCAUGCACCAACCAAAGGACUGUGGAUGCCUCUCGGAAAAGAGGUGAAAGUAAUGCAGUGUUGGAGAUGCAAGCGGUAUGGCCACAGGACUGGUGACAAAGAAUGCCCCUUUUUUAUCAAAGGGAACCAGAAACUGGAGCAGUUUAGAGUGGCACAUGAGGACCCAAUGUAUGACAUCAUUAGGGAAAACAAACGAAAUGAAAAAGAGACCAGGAUCCAACAGCUGAGACAGCUCUUGCAGGACACCACGUCUGAUUCAGACUCUAAAUCCAGCUCCUCCUCCUCCUCCUCCUCUCGCCACACCCACAAGAAGAAGAAGAAAAAGGAAAAGAAAAAGAAGGAGAAAGUGAAAGAAAAAAAGAAGAAGAAGCACAAGAAGAAGAAGAAACACACGUCCAAGAGUAGUGAUGAUGGCUCAGACUGAGAGGAGGAUGUUAGUAUUGAUAUCUCUGUUUACUGAUGAGAGAUGUUUCUAGAAGCAGCUGUAGAGAUGUAGAAGCUACGGGGAGCUCUGCUGGACCUCUCCUUAGGCUCCACCCUUCCCCCUACUGUGCAGGGUGCUUCCUGAAGCUGCUUAAUAAUGCAUACGGGCGUUUAAUUCCCCCUGUCAAUAAGGAUGGUCUGCUUGUGUGACAUCUCUAUCCGCUCCCCCUAUAGCUGGAUGGAUUAUAUUAGCAUGUUUGCGUCUCAAGAUUGUUUUUUGCCUGAAGAGGAAGUGAAGUCUGUAUUGAAUGAGUACAGAUUGAAUGUCACUUUAUUUUGAAAUGGUGUUGCGUUUGAUAUCUUUUUGAAUGUUGCGUGCGCUUUACAGAUGAUUCUUUUAUAUAAAGCUUUUUACCCCACCAAGACUGGGUCAAUAACCUAGACUAAAGCUAGAUAUCCAAUGGAUUUUCAUCAUAUACACUGCAGGGUAGUCCAUGACUAGGCUUCGUCCAUGUAUUUGACCGGCCAUCCUGUGUGUUUUGAAAAGAAAGGAAAUGUUUGUAAUAAAAUGCUGCUUCCAUGUGCUGUUCAUUUGUCAGACAGAAGCAUGUAAAUUAAUAUACUGCAAGUGUAUUCAUUCAGUACUGCUGUAAAUUCAUUCAUUUAUUCAUUUGAAGUGACUUUAUUAAACACAUUUUCAGUGUUUCAUUCA